CCUGGGCGCUGAGGUCACGAUGUCCACCAAGGUGCCCAUCUACCUGAAGCGUGGCAGCCGCAAGGGCAAGAAGGAGAAGCUGCGGGACCUGCUGUCGUCGGACAUGAUCAGCCCGCCGCUGGGGGACUUCCGCCACACCAUCCAUAUUGGCAGUGGCGGGGGCAGCGACAUGUUCGGCGACAUCUCCUUCCUACAGGGCAAGUUCCACCUCCUGCCAGGGACCACAGUCGAGGGACCUGAGGAGGAUGGCGCCUUCGACCUCCCCUUCCAGUUCACCCGCACCGCCACGCUGUGCGGGCGGGAGCUCCCUGAAGGGCCAUCCCCUCUGCUCAAGAAUGCCAUCUCUCUCCCUGUCAUCGGUGGGCCCCAGGCCCUCACCUUGCCCACAAGCCAGGCCCCACCCAAACCCCCUCGCCUGCAUCUGGAGACCCCGCAGCCUUCCCCACAGCCUUCCCCGCAGGAGGCAGGCAAUGUGGACAUCUGGAGAAUUCCAGAGGCUGACUCUGCCCACAAUGGGCUGACCCCCGAGUCAGGGGCCGAGGAGCCCUUCCUGUCCCAUGCCAGCUCCCUGCUCUCCCUGCACGUGGACCUGGGGCCUUCCAUCCUGGACGACGUCCUCCAGAUCAUGGACCAGGACCUGGGCCACAUGCAGAUCCCCACGUAGGACCAAGGCUGGCCAGGCCGGGUGCUCAGGUUGGAGUGAAUGCUGGGAGGCAGGGGGCAAUGCAGCCCGGGCCUAGAAGUCAGCAUUCCCAAGGUCCCACUGCGUGGUCGCUGGCCAGUGAUUUCUUUCUCUGAGCCUUUUUUUCCCUCCCUCCCAGGCUCUUCCUAGGGGCAGAGUGUGCCUCAUUGCUUUCCCCUAAAACACACUAAGGACACCUGCAGAAGUCAGCCCAAAGGGCCCUGAGCAUCUUGGGCCAGCUGGACCCCCACCGCCAACUGCUCCUCCUUCCCACACCUCCCUUGGAUGAGGGCUCUGCCAAGACCGACUCCCCUUUCCACCUGCCUUCUGUCUCAGCCCCGGGGGAUGCCCUGAUUGGGGGCGGGGCACGGUUGGGGGAGGCACAGCAUAGCCAGCCAGACCUUCGGUUCCAUGUCCUGGACUAGGAACAUGGCAUCGAUGACCAAAUGUCCCUCGGCCCCAUCCCCCUCCCAUGACCAGGAGAUUCUGGUCGCAAUAAAACUUGCUGCUGCUGGUAGCUGUGCUCUCUGCA